AGCUAACACGCAUUAUCAUUUUUUUUCCCUCUCUCUCUCUCUCUUUUUAUAAUUUAUCUUUUCAAAUAUUAACAGAAAAUCACUAGAUUCCCGUCGUAUGUUAAUGUAACGGAGUUAACAAACCGCGUACGGCGACAUCCGAUAAAUCGCCACCGCUCGAUCAAUCAAUCUACGGAGCUGGAGAAAAGCAGCUGAUUUUAUCUUCUCCAGAUCUCUAAACCGAUUCUCUCACCUCUUCCUGUUUCACCCGGUUUGGUAAACAAAGCAAUGGUUCUUGAUGGGAUUGUAUCUUCACCAUUAAGGAGACACACGUCUCUAAAGAAGCAGUGGGAAGAGUUGGGAAGCUGCUCCACGGUUGUUAACAGGCAUCGAUAUCUCUUAACAGCAUUGGUUCUUUUGGGGUUCCUCUGCACUAUUUAUCUUUACUUUGCUGUUACUUUAGGCGCUAGGGAUAACGCCUCAUGCUAUGGCUUGACUGGGAAUGACAAGGCUAUCUGUCAAGCCAUCUCUAAAGGGAAACUCAAAUUGUUUUAGUACUAUUGUUCUUGUACUACUACUACUACUACUGUAUUCUUUUUUUCUUUUAUUGAUUCUAUAAUGCCAUUUGUUGUGUAUUGUGUGCCCCAUUACGUUGUGGAAAACCAGAGAUCCGUUUUGGAAGUAUUUGCUAGCUACUAGCUUCUUCAGUCUGAAUAUAGUAAGUUUUGUUAACAGGGAUGCUAAGCACCAAGCCCGUCUAGCUCAGUUGGUAGAGCGCAAGGCUCUUAACCUUGUGGUCGUGGGUUCGAGCCCCACGGUGGGCGUAUUCUUUUUGCCUAGUCAGUCAAUUUUUGUACCUUUUUCUGGUAAAUUCCGUUGUGUGAUAAUUCUCUUUAUAUGGUAAAGAUACGAUUGGUAGAGUACUCUUAUACAUAGGAAGUCUGGCGAUACAGAGACUAGUGAGAAGAAUCUGACUGAGAAGAUAAAGUACAUAAACUAGGCAGAGGCUUUAUCAUUUGCAUUUUAACAAAACAUGGUUGAAUUUCAUCUCUCAAAUCUGCCAUCGUUGACUUAAGAAUUUUGCAAUUCUGAAACAUUUGCUUGAUUCUCUAC